AUGCCCGACGACCCGGUAGACCCUCCCCCUACACCACAUGAGGCGUGGACAGAAGGAGAGUUCUGUCUUAUAUCAGCGGACAACGUAAGCUUUCGAGUCCCAUCGCGCACCCUGUUCUGGGCCAGCAACAAUCUCGCCGAUGCAGCCGACGUUUCUGGGGGGUCGUCAGCUGAGAAGGUCGUCCGUUUCACCGACCCGGAGCUUGAGUCUUCGUCGACCAUCGAUCGGUUUCUCAACCUGGCUGUCAAGUACAUUGCUACUCCCUCAACUCAAUCUCAAGCUCCCGGACACGAAAGCGACGAUGAUGUGGCUGUCUGUCGUGAAAUACACCGCCUCGUUCAGUUUCUCCACAAGUAUGACUGCGCUCCAUUGCUCCGUCUACUUCAACUGACGACGGUUCGCUGCCUGGAAGAGGCUCGAAUGAACCCUCUCAGGUCCUUCGUCAUCGGUUCGGUGACGGACAGUCCGUCAGUCUGUGAGCUUGCCCUUCAGGCUGCAGAUUCGGCAGACGACAAUCAACCUAAGGGGUAUAGGGAUGAAAGGUCAAUGCGGGGUCUUGACCCCGGUACUAUCCCUCUGCCGUUGUGGAAGCUGAUAUACCCCGCUCACUCGUGGGCGCUCACCGCAGCUUGGUCUCGGAGCACUGAAUACCGAAACUGCAGUGUGGGCAGGCACCAAUCUCGCGACCCGAUGGCUGUGGCACGUCUUUUCAAAGCACUGGUUCGCGGAGCUGAUCAUGAUGCAUGA